CAGCCUAAUGUUACGUCAUUGUGUACACAAGGGGGACAGGAGCUUGGUGACAGAGUAGUGUUGUCAUGGUUUUGUAAGUGUAAGGCAGUUAGUGAAGCAGUUCUAUCUGUGUCAUGAUAACUACAUGUAUGACUGCAUGAAAAAAAAACAACUAUAUACCGAGUGCGUCUAAUUACAUUAGUUUUCUGUUACUGUAAGGAUUACCAAGUGGAAAACUAUGAAAAUUCAAGCUUCGGUUCUGGAGUUUUCAACAUUUCUGAUUUUUUCUACAUUCCAUGCUGUCAGAGCAAUUAACUUAAAAAGUCCUCCAAAAAACCUCAGUGACGCAUCCAGCCAUUUUGGCCUACUCAUCGGUAACACAUUCACCAAUGAUUCAUUGGGCAACGCGGGUCACGUGAUCAUACCAGUCUUUUAUCACACAAAAACGUCACUUCCGCCUACGAGCAAAUCAACAAGAACUGUUACCAAAACAACAUUGACAACUGAUAAAUUAACAUCGAAAAAUCCGACAAGCUCUAAUAUAGGACAACAGGGACAGUCUGAGAUAUCACGUGGCCCCAUCAAUACAAACAGCAAUAGUAGUUUAAACAACAGUGACAAAAACAAUAGCAUCGUUGUUAGUGGUACAGACCAUUUUAGCAACCUUAAUGCUAAAACCACAAGCAGUAGUAAAACAACAACAGUAAAACAGAAGACAAAUCCGCUAUCUUACUCAAAAACGGUCGUACAGAUGACAACAGCUCUUCCCGCGACGAAAAAAGCAACGGGUUACAAUGCUGACAAAAAGACCGAGCAAAAUAGAGAACAAACAACCGGAACAAUUACUCUGAAACCGAAAUCUACAACAUCAAAAAACACAACACCUACAUCGACAACAUCGCAAAUAACAACCCCAAAAGCAACACAAAUAGUGACAACAACCUUAAAGACAACAAAUAUAUUUACAUCAACUCCAUCAACUACAAAAACUCCAACAACCGUAAUAAUACCGACAACCAAAACGUCAUCAACAGCCACAACAACACAGACAUCCACAAAAACAACAACAACUCCAGCACCAACAACUUCACAAACAACAAAAACAACAACAACACCAGCACCGACAACUCCACCGACAACAAAACCGACAACAUCACCAUCACUUACAACAAAACUACGUACAACAGAAUUAAGGACAACAGCUUCAAAGACAACGACAGUAUUUAAUCAAAGAUCUACAAACAACAUAUUAAGUAAUGAUAGUGCUAAGAAAUACAAUGAAAGCUUGGCUUCUACGACAAAAAGGACAGGAACACAGACAAUGCCGAGUUUGUCUCCAUCGAACUUUGUUAAAAUAAGCAGCAGUGGUGUAACUGUAAACAAAGAUGGCGGGAAUACUGAUUCAACAACGGCUUCCUUAUCGACAUCAAAAUCUUUCACAAACAACAAAGAAUUUACUACAAAGCGCCAUUCCACAAACAUUGCUUCAACAGCCAAGAUUAAUCAAAACACAUUCCCCACAAAUUCGACAGAAGCCGAAAGACCAACCACAGCGGCGGAAACGCUUUCUGAAGAGCCAAGCCAAUCAGAUGGCGACAAAUACUGGCCAGUUGCCAUGGCGAUAACGAUCGGUGUUCCCUCGAUCAUUGUGAUUGGAGUGACCAUCUCCGUGAUAAACCGGAAGAGGUUAGCAUUGUAUAAAAGAAAGAAACGCUUUCGUAGCAGCCCCGGCAUGGUACCCUGAAUGUUGUAAAUGAAUCUAUUUUUCUGAGAUUCAGAACGUUGGAGAGAGCCCACAGUACUUUGCUGAAUGGUUACAUCACUCCUCCAGUAGAGUAUGAAGUGUAGAGCCGAGAGAACAUCUGCAUCACGUGAUGGAGCAACGCCAUCUUUCGAGCCUCGUUUUCAUUCGAGAUUUUGAAAUGCACCAAACGCAGUUUUUUUUUCAGACAUUGAUAUCUCUACUUGAUGUAGAACAUUUUCUUUUUUAUCAUUUAUGUAUUACAUUAUAAAAUUACAAAUGUCACAUCAAUUAUAUUGCACUUCAUUGUCCCAUUUACGGUGAUUUUUUGUUAUGUAGCUAAGAACUUUCAUUAUACACUGAAAACUUUAACUGAGUUUACCGAACAUACCAAGAAACAAAAUUGAAUAUUUUACUUUGACUAGAUUUAUUUUAAUUUCAGCUUUUGAACUAUGAUAGCUUUUAACGCUACUUAAACUCUGCGUGUAAUAUUAUACAAAAUGUUUAAUGAAAUAAAGAAGAUUUCUGAUA